CGCCGUCUGAGGGGAUCGUUCACCGCGGCCGUCCCCACCGCCACGACCGCCUGCCAUCGCCAUGGACUCGGACGACAUGAUAGAUUGGAUCAUAUGGGUGGUUCUGUUGACCUUCAUCGUCGCUGCCGCGCUCAUCGCCGUCGUGGUGCUCUCCCUGGUGAUCGCCGAGGUCGUCCGUCACGUGCGGCAGCGCUGCAAGUCGCUCUCCAUCGAGCGGCUGCUGGAGAGCAUACCCGACGUUGCAUACAAGCAGAAACCCGAUCGAGACGGUGGCUCUCUGUCGGAGGAGGAGGAGGGGAAGGAGUUGCCCCGGAGCCAGAGCUCGUGCGUGAUCUGCAUGGCGCAGUAUGAGGGCGGCGAGCGGUGCAGCGUCCUACCGGGAUGCGGCCACGUGUUCCACACGGGCUGCGUCGCCACGUGGCUGCACACCACGCAUAACACCUGUCCGCUCUGCCGGGCGACGAUAGGCGCCGACGCCGUGGCAGGGAAGGUCAACGCUGCAGAGGAUAUGGUGUAACAAGAA